AUGGAAGGGGCACAAUUAGAAACAUCUCCAUUAGAAUUAUGCUUGAGUAACUUGAUUGGAAUCGAUAUUAGUAGUAUUAAUGAGAGUGAAAUAAGUAAAUCUGGAGCAAAUAAUUUGCAGUUAAUGUUGAAUUCAAUUUGGUCUGAUCUUAGUAAAGAAAAUACAAAGGAUGGAACAGUUGUAAGUCUUCCGAAUAAACAAGAAAUUCAGCUUCCUAGAGCAUAUCCUCUUCCAACAAAGAGGGAAAAGACCAGAUGGGAAAAAUUUGCUGAGCUUAAGGGUAUUAAAAAAAGAAAGAGAUCAAGGAUGGUCUAUGACCCUAUUACUGAUGAUUUUGUUCCAAGAUGGGGGAGAAACUCAAUUAAGAAGAUACAAAAGAAACAUAAUGAAGCAAUUAUUGAGAUUAAAGGUAAUAUGGAUGGAGACAAAGAUCCGAGACAAGCUAUUAAUUUAAAAAGAGAUAUGAUGAUUAACAAGCAAAGACUUAGAGAAUUAAAAAAUAAGAUGAAUUCUUCUAAAAGCAAAGAUACUUCAAAAUCAGAUGAAUUUGCUCUAGGUAUUGGAAAUUUAAAAGACACUAACGUUAAAAGAAAUAAUUCUCAGGUAAAAGAGCUCUUUAAUAGAGUUUCUUUAUCAACUGCAUCAUAUGGAAGAAGGGAUAAGGUACUUCCAAAUGAGGACCGUUCAGUUACUAAAAUUAAAAAAGUAAAAAAAAUUCUGGAUACUAAAGAUGAAAAUGAAAAGUAUAAGAGUAUAUACAGUAAAAUUCUUAAACAAAACAGUUAA